CUUAGUUUAAAAUCAACAUUGUACAAGAUAUGGCACUUUAUCGGCUUUGCUCUUAAGGGUUGAUAAAUUGUCGUUGGUUACUGUUUUUUACUAAUUUUGUCCCCGAAAAAAAAAGACUGUCAGAAGUGGGAUUUGAACCCACGCCUCCAUUCGGAGACCAGAAACCCCAUUACUAUGGAAGGUUGAACCUUGAGUCUGGCGCCUUAGACCACUCGGCCAUCCUGACAACUGAACUUUGAAGAGAGCAAUAUUACUUAUAAAGAUAAAUAUAGCAGCCAUUUUACAAGUUAGGUAAUAAUUAGAUUUGUUGGGGUUCUAUGUUCGCUACACAGUUUACUGUUGACUAAACACUUACCAGUAUUUACACAUUUGUUAUUUUAGCUGUAUUUAACUAAAGACAGAGGUGUGCGUUACCCCAUGUGACUGUUUGCCCCACCCGCGUUGGACGAAGUAACGAGUCAUUCUUAUGAAAUGUAAAAAGAGGCGUGUUUUGUCUAGUGUUGUUAUACAAUGUUACAGUAGCUAUAUAACUCUACUUAAAAUAAUUAUCCAGCUAAAGCAGCUAGCUUCCUAAAGAUGUCGUUUUACAGAAACGCCGUUUGGUUCGUAAAAGGACUUCAAGAAUACACAAAAAGCGGAUAUGAAGCAGCAGCUAAGCAGUUUAAUACUGGGGACCUGGACGUGAACCUGAGUGGCAGGUCUUUUGUAAUCACUGGGGCCAACAGCGGCAUUGGAAAAGCUACAGCCCAUGAAAUAGCCAAAAGAGGAGGGAUUGUCCACCUGGUGUGUCGUAACAAGGAACGGGCACAGGAGGCGAAAGAGGAGAUAGUGGAACAUAGUAAAAACCAGAAUGUCCAUGUUCACAUCGUUGACAUGUCCAGUGCAAGACAAGUGUGGGAGUUUGCAGAGAGCUUCUCAAAAAGCAACAGCAUUCAUGUACUGAUCAACAAUGCAGGGUGUAUGGUAAACCAGAAAGAGCUGACAGAGGAAGGUGUAGAGAAGAACUUUGCUACUAACACUCUCGGUACCUUCAUCCUAACCACAGCGUUGAUACCAGCCCUGAAACAGGCACAGGACCCACGAGUGAUCACAGUGUCUUCAGGGGGCAUGCUGGUCCAGAAGAUGAAAGUAGACGACCUGCAGUCUGAAAAGGGGAUGUUCGACGGCACUAUGGCCUACGCUCAGAAUAAAAGACAACAGGUGAUACUGACCGAGAGAUGGGCGUCCCAGCAUAAAGAGAUCCACUUUUCAUCAAUGCACCCUGGCUGGGCUGAUACUCCAGCUGUCCAGUUGUCCAUGCCUGACUUCCAUGCUAAGAUGAAGAACAAGCUGCGUACGGAGUCCAUGGGGGCCGACACGGUGGUGUGGCUGGCUGUCUCAGCAGUGGCCUCCAAGCAGCCAAGUGGACUCUUCUUCCAGGACCGAAUGGCGGUGCCCACACACCUUCCGCUGGCUUCAUCCAGGUCCUCUCCAGCCGAUGAGGAGAAACUGCAGGCAAUACUGGAGCAGCUCGCACACAAGUUCAAACCUUGACCUCUCCUACAGCGGUCAAAAGGUUAUGAACAGACAGACCCUCAAGCCCAUGUGUCCGUUGAUAAACACUCCUCAUUAUAGAUAUGCACUGUAUAAAGCGGACAUAGCGUUAAUAUUUUUACAACCAUUUUGUAUUUAUGAUGAUGAUCUGUGUAGCCACACAGAACAUUUAAAUGGCUCAUGUUUGGGGUAGAGGCCUUCACUGGUCAUUCUGAAAUGGACCUGGGGCUUUCCCAUCCAGACCUGAUAUGCAUAAGUUUGUUUAAAAAAAAAAAAAGAGGCCUGUUCCGAAAGGACCCGUGGACAACUAGACCCGUUCCGUAUAGACCUGGUCUGGUCCGAUCCAGACCCGGUCCGUUCCGAGUAAGACAAGCAGCAGAAAAGUCCAUUUUUAAGCUACUUUAUUAACCGAAGCAAAAACACAAAUAAAACUAAAAUUGCACAAAUCCUAUAUCACACAAAUACACAACACACUUAUAAAGAAGAGAACCAGAUUAUUGCACUUCAAACAAGAAACACACAAACUAAAUUGCACAACUAGUUGUAUUAGUACUGUACAAAGUUAGAGGUGCGCUAUUUGAUAGAUUCCCCCGCUCCCCCUACGUCGGGCUUCCAGUGGGAAGACCUGGGGUCAACCUACCUCCGCCCCCUCCCCAUCUUGUACUUCUGAGUGUGAAACCUUCGCAGGGAGUUGCCUGCCUAGCUCACAAACUAGAAUCAGGGCGCCCACUCCGACACGGUGACAUGAUAUCACUGACGUGAUGUGCAAAUGCGCGAUAGAAAACCGAUCGGGCCAAUGUCACCAUUCGGAUUAUUAUUAUUAAAAUAAAAUUGUGCGGCCGCCCCGGCAAGAUGCUGGCCAUGUCGCCUAUGCCUAAAUCCGCAACUGAACACAUGGUUUCCAGGUGUUUGAUGCCAUUCCAUCAUUAUUAUGAGCCCUUCUCCCCUAAGCAGCCUCCACUGCUCCAUUCAGAAUAUAAAGUAGCAGCCUACCUGUGGGCUCUUCGUCGUUGUAGCCUAUCAUUCUCCUCUUAACUUUUAAUUCCAUCUUCCAUUGAUUAGCUGUCUCCUAACUUUUGCCCCACACGGAGGCUCUAUGACUAUAGCCUAUUGCCACUUUGAUGACUUAUGACUGGCCAACAACAAGCUACACGCGCCACUCUCCGGAAGAGGAAAGAGCAGCUGCAUAAAUUAUACAAUUUCUCUCUACUGCAGCAGUCGCGUUCAGAUCUCUAUGGUCAUUCUGGACAAGUCAGUUAACAUUACACAUACCCGAGACCAGUGACAAUCAGAUCCAACCCAGACCCGUGACAUUAUUUAGAAUUCUGGAUCUGGACCCGGGUAUCAGGAAUUCGGGUACAGGGGGAUCCGUGAAGACCUCUAGUUUGGUGUCUUCUGACGCUUCAUAACUUUUUACACCAUACUACUUUCCUCUAAAAUUAUUCUACAAAGGCUUUUCCAUUAGCUUGAAUGUUGCAUACUACGUACAGUUCAGUACUAAUACAGUACAUAGUGAUUACGUCAGAACUUCUAUGGAAACUGGACCUUCCGUUUCAGAAUGUGCUCUAGCCUGGCAGCUGGUUUAGGUUGAUGGAUGAAUAAAUCAUGUUUUACUCAGAUUUAGCAGUGUAUACUGUCCACAGCAUUUUUACAAAAUCAAAUCAAAUUUUAUUGGUCAUAUACACACAGGUUUUCAUCAGGUUUUAACAAGGGCUCAUGUUCAAAGGUGCUUCUGGCUGUUGUCAGCGGUAAUAGUGUCAUUACAACUGUUUUGUAUUCUGUUAUUGUUAGUUUACAGUACAACCAGAACAAACAGUCAGUCUUUAUAUUUGACUUGUCCAGAGAAUCAUUGAGAUACUGUUCUUAAAGCUACAUGUUGUUUGUCUUGUUUUACGUGGUUUAGAAAGUUGACAUACUUUCUUUAAAAUUAUUUUAUCCUUGUUAAUCAAACCAGGACCUGUGAGCAGAAAUGUGUUUUAUUAAGAGCACAAAUAAAGUCAAGGCUAUUAUUGAUCUUUUUAUUAACAUACCACUGUACACACUAGUGUAGAAUGUCCGGUCCAUUAAAUAAUAAAUAAAAGGCACCAAUAAAUAUUUCUCUUAUAUUUUCAGCAUGCCUUCUAAAAGCUU